CUCCAAUAAUUGUCUCCCAUGAUAAAAGAUCAUCGCUGCAUGAUAGAGAGGAUUAACUGUUUUUAUCUGGGAUUAAAGACUGCCCCCGUCUAGGUUUCCUAAUGGGUGCGGGUUUAUAUUCAAAGCUUAAGACCUUCUAAAAGCACUCCAUCCAUCCUGGUAGAGCUUUAGUCUGGAGAGAGAAGCUUGCUCGCAAGUUUGUACACAAGUACUAGAUUGCACUAUGACUGAAAUUUUAAUACUUGUUCUAAAGAAGUAUGCAUUGAUAUUUGUAUCUCAUUAAGAAGAAUAUACAGAUGAACAUUGUAGGAUAUGACGUCUGUGGCGGACAAAAUGGAGCAAGUUUCAGGGGAACAGGAUCAGUUGUUUUCCCUCGUUAGUAACGCUCAGCGUGGAAGAUUAGAUGAACAGCGCUGCACAUUGGGUCCAACAAAACCUCAACAACUUCAUGCCAACAGCCCAGGUCAGAUGUCUUUGCCAUUUUGAUGGCGAUGACUUUUUACAGUUCCUGGUCAAGAGUCCGAGCCAACGAUUAGAUGACCAACGAGUGACGCUCAGUUCACUGCCAGGGAUGGAGGCAUUCACCAUCAGAGAUCCGAAAGACGGAAAUGUACUGAAGACAAACUUUGACCAGUUCUGCAACAUGGUCAGCAGAGCUCAUAGUUUCAGGAAACAGAUCCCUCCCAAAAACACCCUUUCCCCUGAAGCCCCGAACACUGUGAGAAGAGCGAGCUACAGUCCUCAGCCUCCUGCUGAUUCAGACACUUACAACACGCUCACAACCAGAUCAGCCUCAUUCAACCCCAUAUCAGACAAGGACAGGAUGGAACGUUUUCAAGGUGAGCAGGACCAGAUGUUGUGUCUAGUUAGUAAAGCACAACGUGGACGUAUGGAUGAACAGCGCUGCUCCAUUAACCCCUUAUCGCCUUCACCCAGACAUAUGGAUACCAGCCAGUCAGAUCAAGAUGUCGAGAAUUUUUUUAAACUCAUUUCUAACACCCAAAAUCGACGGUUCGAUGACCAGCGGGUGACGCUAAAGCCGUUGUCAGGAAAACAAGCACCUUCUGGGAUGACAGCUCAGGAAUCAGAUCAGCUCUUCAACAUGGUCUCCAGAAUACAGGGCUCUCGGAUGGAUGAUCAGUGCUGCUCUGCUCCCAAACUCCAGCUGGGGUCUCCUGCCCCCCCAAAGAAGUCUUAUUCUCAACCUGUAUCCCCGACUAACCCUCCAUCUGAAUCACCCAGGAGAUCAGGAUCAUUCAGUCCUUCCUCUGAGGUACAAAAUUGUAUCGAUCAGGACCAGUUUUUUUCCCUGGUGCAUAAUUCACAGCAUCGGCGAAUGGAUGACCAGCGGUGCUCAUUUGAUCCCUUUAAAAAACCUUCCCCCUCUCCAAAUAGCCCGAACGCUAAUCCCACAGAGGAAGAUCCUGAGGACCUUUUCAAUCUACUGGCCAACUUUCAAAGAGGACGACUGGAUGAUCAACGUGUGACACUUGGCGCAUUGCCAGGCCUCCAGCCCUCCGGAAUAGAGACAAAGAGAGAGAGAAAUAAAGCAGCCCCCCAAAUCAUGCUGACCCCCGCGUCACCUGCUGCACCAAAAAAAGCUUGUCCCAGUCCGUCCUCUCCCUCUCUGACCGUCUGUGACUCGGACACACCUGGCAGGCCUCCCCCCAGACCGCCCUCAUUUUGCCCAGCGUCAGAUAGGGAGAGAUUACCGUAUGAUGACACGUCUGCGCAGAUAUCAUUUCAAAUUUCCAUGCGCUUCCCUCCACAUCAGACGCAUGGAGAAAACAAUCAGCCGUGUUCAUUCCCUGAAGUUUUCCUCACGAUCGGACAGCCAGGGGAGACUAUAGUGCUUCCUCUCAGCCCUAGGCCCGGCGGACCAAUCUCUCUCAAUGUGAACCCACCCAGAAACCAUCGCUCCAGGUCUCCAUCCCCUCGCCGGUCUCCUGCCAGACAGACACACUCGUCGGGACCCUCGUCUCCACACCCGGGGGACACGGCUAGUCCAAUCAGCCCACAUGAGGACUACUUCUCUCUCAUCCAGAGAGUCCACAGCGCUCAGCUGCAGCAGAAUAAUGGACCCAACAGAGCAGAGCCCAACAAAGAGGCGAGGAAGGGGAAGGGGAAGAGUCGUGGAAGGAAAGAGAAAAAAGAGGGAAACAAAGAAAAGAGAAAAUAAGACGCUUGUUCAAUGUAUGUGUUUCACAUCACCUGGAUGAAGGCCAGAGUUAUGUUGGUUGAGUAAAUUUGAUUGACU